UGGGGUGCGGAGCGGGACUUGGAGCCGCUGCCGCCGCUGCCGCUGCCGCCGCCCACAGAUCCUGCCUUGCGCCUGGUGCUGCCAGGAAGAUGCGGCCGGGGCCCGGAGGCUGCUGCUGUCGCCGCACGGUGCGGGCGAAUGGCUGCGUGGCGAACGGAGAAGUACGGAACGGGUACGUGAGGAGCAGCGCCGCAGCCGCAGCCGCCGCCAGCCAGAUCCAUCAUGUUACGCAAAAUGGAGGACUAUAUAAAAGACCGUUUAACGAAGCUUUUGAAGAAACACCAAUGCUGGUUGCUGUGCUCACAUAUGUGGGGUAUGGCGUACUCACCCUCUUUGGAUACCUUCGAGAUUUCUUGAGGCAUUGGAGAAUUGAGAAGUGUCACCAUGCAACAGAAAGAGAAGAACAAAAGGACUUUGUGUCAUUGUAUCAAGAUUUUGAAAACUUUUAUACAAGAAACCUGUACAUGAGAAUAAGAGACAACUGGAAUCGGCCAAUCUGUAGUGUGCCUGGAGCCAGGGUGGACAUCAUGGAGAGACAGUCUCAUGAUUAUAACUGGUCCUUCAAGUAUACAGGGAAUAUAAUAAAAGGUGUUAUAAACAUGGGUUCCUAUAACUAUCUUGGAUUUGCACGGAAUACUGGAUCAUGUCAAGAAGCAGCCGCCAAAAUCCUAGAGGAAUAUGGAGUUGGAGUGUGCAGUACUCGGCAGGAAAUUGGAAACCUGGACAAGCAUGAAGAACUAGAGGAGCUUGUAGCAAGGUUCUUAGGAGUAGAAGCUGCUAUGGCGUAUGGCAUGGGAUUUGCAACGAAUUCAAUGAACAUUCCUGCUCUUGUUGGCAAAGGUUGCCUGAUUCUGAGUGAUGAGCUGAACCAUGCAUCACUGGUUCUAGGAGCCAGACUGUCAGGAGCAACCAUUCGAAUCUUCAAACACAACAAUAUGCAAAGCCUAGAGAAGCUAUUGAAAGAUGCCAUUGUUUAUGGUCAGCCUCGGACACGAAGGCCCUGGAAGAAAAUUCUCAUCCUUGUGGAAGGAAUAUAUAGCAUGGAGGGAUCUAUUGUUCGUCUUCCUGAAGUGAUUGCCCUCAAGAAGAAGUACAAGGCAUACUUGUAUCUGGAUGAGGCUCACAGCAUUGGCGCCUUGGGCCCCACAGGCCGGGGUGUGGUGGACUACUUUGGCCUGGAUCCUGAGGAUGUGGAUGUUAUGAUGGGAACAUUCACAAAGAGUUUUGGUGCUUCUGGAGGAUAUAUUGGAGGCAAGAAGGAGCUGAUAGACUACCUGCGCACACAUUCUCAUAGUGCAGUGUAUGCCACGUCAUUGUCACCUCCUGUAGUGGAGCAGAUCAUCACCUCCAUGAAGUGCAUCAUGGGGCAGGAUGGCACCAGCCUUGGUAAAGAGUGUGUACAACAGUUAGCUGAAAACACCAGGUAUUUCAGGAGACGCCUGAAAGAGAUGGGCUUCAUCAUCUAUGGAAAUGAAGACUCUCCAGUAGUGCCUUUGAUGCUCUACAUGCCUGCCAAAAUUGGCGCCUUUGGACGGGAGAUGCUGAAGCGGAACAUCGGUGUCGUCGUGGUUGGAUUUCCUGCCACCCCAAUUAUUGAGUCCAGAGCCAGGUUUUGCCUGUCAGCAGCUCAUACCAAAGAAAUACUUGAUACUGCUUUAAAGGAGAUAGAUGAAGUUGGGGACCUAUUGCAGCUGAAGUAUUCCCGCCAUCGGUUGGUACCUCUACUGGACAGGCCCUUUGACGAGACAACAUAUGAAGAAACAGAAGACUGAGCCUUUUUGGUGCUCCCUCAGAGGAACCCUUCCUCACCCAGGACAGCCUGUGGCCUUUGUGAGCCAGCUCCAGGAACCACACUUCUAUGGCCAUCUCAUGUGAAAGACAUUGCCUCAACUGCUGAAGGUGGCCACCUCCACUCUAAGUGACGUUUUGUAAAUAGUAAAAAACUGCUUCAAAUCCUUCCUUUGCUAAGUCUCACCUUUAAAAAUGAAGGUGACUCACUUUACUUUUUCAGUCCAUUAAAAAAACAUUUUAUUUUGUAACCAUUCUACUUGUGAAAUCACACUGACCCUAGCCUGUCUCUGGCUAACCACACAGGCCAUUCAUUCCCCUCUCCCAGCACCUCACAGACUUGGGCCCAUCAAGAGCUACUGCUGGCGCUGUCUCCACAGCCUGGAGACUUACCUGGCCCUCCUCCCUAGGGAGCAAGUGCCUUCCACUUACUUCCCAUCCAGGUCUCAGAGGUGGCCAGCCUUGAAAUCCUUAUUUAACCAUUCAAGUAAUCAAUAGAAGUAUUCACCCUUUAAUCUUAAGUUUAGCCUUUUAAGAAAAACAGUAAGCGAUGACUGCAGAAAGGCUUAUUGUGUAAUCUCCCAAGGGUUUGGUCUUAAUCCAUUUUGUUCUGGUCACCAGAUGAUUUCUUCCUUUACCAUCAAAUAUUUCUUCAUGAUGAUUACAGUCUGAGGAUGUGCGCAAAUUCUGGUUCUUCCCAAGCUCCAGCCGUAACACGUCCCACCCCAUUUUUAAAGCGCUUACUGUUUUCAAAGCACCCACAUCCCCCGCUGGUUAGAAGGCCACUCUCACAUCUGAGUGUUGGGUACAGAGCUGCUCCGUAGAGUGAUGUGCAGUCCCAGUGGGUGAGGGGCAGGGGCAGUGUGGAAAGAAUUGAUUACUCCUUGCAGAGUCUGUGGCUUGCAUUUCCUAACUGAUUUCUAUGUUUGAAAAUUAUGACAGUCUCUGGCUGGGUCUGGGUCCAGAUUAGGAUUUAAACUGAUAAAGGAAAAUGUUGGUAAAUCCUCUGCUCAGAAAUCAUUUAUCAUGUUCCUAUUUAAGGAUUAGAUUUAUUUAUUUAGGCCUUUUAGAAGCUAACCCACUUAAAUAUUACUCUUCUGAAUGCUAGUUCUCUUUUAUUCUUCAUGUCCUAAGACAGUUGAAUCUGGCAUCUGGGGCUAGGGUCUGCCUGUCUACAUUUUUUUCUUUUUUUCUGAGAAAUUCUGAACACACAGAUCUCUUUCCUAAACUGACAUUUUCUAUUUUGACUGUUUUCAUACUAUAACCAGGUAAAGGGACUUUCUUCAGAGAGCUUUAUACUGCCUGACCAAAGAACAAAUCCGAAAAUCACCAUUUUAAAGUUCUUUUUUAGUUGAACCAAAGUGUAAGUGAAGCGGACUUUUGGCAUGGUUAUACCCAGGAUCCGCUUGUCCUUUUGUAUCCAUCAAGUGUUACAGGAGAAGGGUUGGGAACAGAAUGGAAAAGCAGUGUAUGAAAGUCAUGUUACAGGCUGGGUGCGGUGGCUCACACCUGUAAUCCUAGCACUUUGGGAGGCUGAGGCAGGUGGCUCACUUGAGGUCAGGAGAUCGAGACCAGCCUGGCCAACAUGGUGAAACCCCGUCUCUACUAAAAAUACAAAAAAAUUAGCCAGGCAUGGUGGCAGGCGCCUGUAAUCCCAGCUACUUGGUAGGCUGAGGCAGGAGAAUCGCUUGAACCCAGUAGGCGGAGAUUGCAGUGAGAUGAGAUCAUGCCACUGCACUCUAGCCUGGGUGACAGCGAAACUGUGUCUCAAAAAGAAAGUCACGUUACACAUUUUACUUUUUGAAAUUGCUCCUUUUAUUGGUAAAGAUUAUCAAUCCAAAUUCUCCUGGGUGUCUUGUCAUCAGCUGUGGUAUGUUUGUGUACAUUACAUGUAGCAGAGGAUGUAAGCAAUAUUAUUGUUUGUGAAGUUUUGUUUUUAAUGUCUUGAGUAUAAGUUUAUUCACUGUCAGCAUCUGCGAGCUUUAAUAAGCCCCUGAGAUAUUCCAAAGUUUUAUUUUACUUUUUUAAAGAAUAGAAAAAGAUGAAUGAAAGAACCAAGGAGAGAUGCAGAGACUAUAUUUAGCAUGUAUAGGUUAAAGUAAGAAGGAGGUUGUGGUAACUAAAUAAGGAGUCCUAUAAAAUCACAUACAUUGUCAAUCGUUCCUGCACAUCUAAUUUCCUAACAUAGAAUCCCACUGAAAUACCAGAUAGCUUUUGCACUGCAGUUACUAUUUAAUAAUGUAAAUGUAGGGUUUUUAAAAGUCACAGACUUAUAAGCAAUGAACUCACCUGCUGGUCUUUUUAUUUUGGCUUGCAUGAAGUCACUGAAAAACUUUGUUGGUACAAAGUUACUUCAAGAUAAGUGUAAUUUUGUUACAAGUUUAUUUUGAAGAGACAAACCUCCUGUGAUCUAUCCAGGACCUCUGUACUUUCUAAAGAACAAAAUGUUAUGUAUACAUUAUACAUGGUUGGUUGUCUCUUCUUGAAACUGUAAUAUAAAUCUAGGGUCCAGUCAUAUCCUAGGUAUCAUCGUUUAUCCAAGUACUUGGAGGAAUACAAGUGUAUAUAUAAAUACAGUCAUUGAGAAUAAGUCGAGAUUUGGGGCAUACAAGAAUAGUUUCAUACACAGUUUAACAUGGCCUGAUUCAAGACUCUGAUAGGAUUCAAACAGAUGUCUGUUAACCAUAACUACCAAAACCGAUCAUCUGAGUCGAUUAUAGAGGUGUGACUAGUUCUUAGCACUUUUUCUCAUUCCUCUUUUAAUUCAGCAUUGCUGUUACCUAUUUCAGGUUUAUAAGACCUCUUUCAGCAGAUAACAUCAGAAGCCAGGAAAUGUUUAGCUAGGAGACAUCAAAAGCCCACAUGAAGAGUGGGCCAAGCAGCAGUGGCGGUUUCAUCUCGCAUCUUUUUUUUAAAAAGCUUUAACUUAGCAGGGGAAUGGACUUUAUAGCACUUUUUCAACUUUUUGCUUUGCUUUGGAUAAGACAUCCUUACCUUUAAAAAAAGCUUCUAGUCUCCAGAACCCCCAAAGUACUGCUUAUUUGUUUGAAGAAUCCAGCCAUUGUAGUGCUUCAGUCACUAUCUUAAACAUUCAUGAUAGGGCGAGGAUUUUAAAACAGGAUUCUUGCUUCUGUAGUCAUCAAGGUGAACAGAAGCAUCCUACACAACUACUAAGGGCUCUGUUUGUGUCAUGCCUCUUCAGACACCAAGGAGUUGAACAUGUUCCAAUGAUUUGUCUCUGUAAUGCCUUCCUCCUUUACUUGGCCUUUCAUUCUUUCUGUACCUUCAAGUUCUUGAUUUUUAAAAUUCCAACUCUAGAGAAAACCAAUAUAUGGUGGUGCUGGGCUUUGACGAUAGCAUAUCAGACGCCUUGGUUCUGUUUGUGCAAUAGCAUAUCAGACGCCUUGGUUCUGUUUGUACACUUAGCCUUACAUUUCAGGAGGAGGCUUUUCAUUAGGGGCUUAAGCUAGCUCCUUUGGCUUUAAAAAAAUUUUUUUCUUUUUUCAAAUUUCUUCAUUACCUAAGGGAGCCUGCAUCUAAAUUCCUCAACUAGUUCAGCCUAGCUGAAUGUUCUAGUGUGUAAUACCCUUUGCUUCCUUCUUAUUGGUGAAAACCAGGGGGAUGAGUGGCUUCCAUGGAGAGAUUUCCUGAUUUCUCAGGGAGGAAAAAGUGAUGACAUUUACCACUACUUUUCUGUCUUUCCCCUUUUUCCAAAUUGAUAAGGAUUUCCGGUUCCUAGUGAUCCGGGAUUGGGUAACAGUGCCGAACUGCCGGUCAUGCCGUAGGCCGUGAAGAAAGAAUAUGGGUAACUGUUGUUUUGCAAGAAUUUGUAGGGUUAUGGGCAGUUGUUGUCUUGUUUGAAGCAUUGCUAUGACCUAAUUCCCAAGGUGUCUUUCUUCUCUUGGUGUUCUCAGUAAGCCAAUGAGUUUUAAUCUCUACUUGCUGUAAUCUCUACUUGUGCUUAGAAAAAGAGAUGAGAGUAGUGGUUUUCCUUCAAACUGUCCACAUUCAUGAAGAUUAUGAAUUGUUAGGACAGCCAGGGCAAGAUAGACCCUGUCUCUACAACUUUUUUUUCUAAAUGAACCAGGCAUGGUGGUGCCUGCCUACAGUCCCACCUGUGUGGGAGAAUCACUUGAGCCUGGGAAAGUCAAGGCUGCAGUGAGCCAUGAUUGCACCGUUGCAUUCCAGCCUGGGUGACAGAGUGAGACCCUGGCUCAGUAAGAGGGGGGAAAAAAAGGAAGAAGAAGAAUUGUUAGGAGCUGGGUGCAGAUGCAGCCUGCAAUCCCAGCUACUCGAGAGGCUGAGGCAGGAGACUUGCUUAAGCCCAGGAAUUUGAGCCUAGCCUGGGCAACACAGCAAGACCCCAUCUCAAAAAAAAAAAAUGUUUUUAAAAUCAACUUAGGCCAAAGGGGUUGUGAAUGGGGGAGGUAUAAAAAGCAAAGAUUAUUUUUUGGCUACUAAGCCAAGAACUUAAAGGGAUUUUUUUUUUUCAGUCCCAGAACCUACAGAUACACUGCUAUUUGCUUCACGUGGAUGCUCAGUGCCCAGCAGCCAUCUUAAUCCAUUAAGCCAGUUUUAAAAAUACCUUCCACAUGGAGAAAAGCAUGUCUUUUUCUUGCCUCAACUUUAUCCACAUGAAAUGUGUGCCCGUGGCUGGGCGCAGUGGCUCAUGCCUGUAAUCCCAACACUUUGGGAGGCUGAGGCGGGCAGAUUGCUUGAGGCCAGGAGUUCAAGAACAGUCUGGCCAACAUGUUGAGACCUCAUCUCUACUAAAAUUACAAAAAUUAGCCGGGCGUGGUGGUGCAUGCCUGUAAUCCCAGCUAUGGCGGCAGGCUGAGGCACAGGAAUUGCUUGAACCCAAGAGGCAGAGGAUGCAAUGAGCCAAGAUCAUGCCACUGCACUCCAGCCUUGGCGACAGAGGGAGACUCUGUCUCAAAAAAAAAAUGUGUGCCCAGGCCCCUAGCCAUUGCCAUGUGCCCAGCCAGAGAGCCAAAUUAGAGGGCUGGCUUCCCUUAUCACACAGAAGAAAUGCUAGCGCUAGCCAAUGAUCCCUUUGCUUUUAAUUGUAUAGAAAAUGCUGUUGUUCCUUUUGUCAUUUCCAGUGACAUUUCUUUUCCAAGCAGCUCUUUUCUAGGGAGGAAACCAAGGGGCUAGUUUAAGCCCCUCAUAGAAAUGUUUUUUCUAAUCUCUGGUGAGUGUGGAAGUGUCACAUCCACAGUCCGCCCUUGGGAGUGGCUUGGGUGGAACUGUGGACAAGGUUUUGUUUACUACAUAGUACACAUGAUAAAUGGCCUUAAACUGUGAUUCUUUCUGGUAGGAUAGGUUAUAAUAAACUGACCCUAAAGAAUGCAAUGGCUUUUAAACUGCAGUUACUGUAUUCUUAAUGAAGCAAUACCCAAAGCUCUGUUCUUUUGGAGCACUUGAGGGGAAGUUAAAUGAAAGGUGCAAAUAAGAGCAGUACCUUGAUCUUACACUUUCUGAGUGUCCUGCCUUGUUGCCAUCUGCAUGGAUGAGUGAAUGCUUCUAUGCACGAGGAGACUUUUUCCAACACUAUUCCCAGGUUUCUUGUGCAAAACUUGGUCAUUUGGCCCAGGUCUUCCUGGAAAGUGGAGUACACGUCACUGACUAGGGUGGUGUCUUUACCCUUAAGUCUUGUUACCUCAGUGAUGUGAAGUCGACGGUUGGAGUUAUAAAAAGCAUCCUUGCUGGUUCUUCACAGGACACUGGAAGCCACCCUGUCGCUUCAGCCAGCAUGCCCACACAGUCUUGAUGAUCCCUCUCUGUAACAGCCAGCUAACAUUAAGAGAAGGGGGAAAGAGAAGAAGAGAGCAGUAGCUUAUGGGAGAGCUGAGAUCUUAUUUCAUUGGCCCGUAUUUUCCCGACCAAGUUACCUGUAAACGGGAAUUUGCAAGGGGGUGCUGUGAUGAUAACCCCUUUCUAUUGCUGUAAUGUUCAUAUAACCUGGGAAACUGAGAGAAGGGGAUGUGUAAAUAAAAGCUUAAACAUUUUAGUAAUGUGUUAAAAUGUCACUCUCCCUUUUCCCUUUUUUGCCAGAUGAUUUUUUUUUAUUUUUAUUUUGUACUUUAUUGGAUGACUGAAGCGAUGAGUAUUGGGUUGGGGUAGGUGUGUUGAUUUUGAGAGUGCAUGUUAAGAACUGAAGGGGAACUACUUGAGAUCACUUAAGAAGCAUCCCAUGCAAAUAUCUUGUUUUUCCCUAAUAAAAUAUUCAGAAAGAUA